AGCUGUGUGUGUGUGUGUGCAGUGACGGUCAGCUCAGUAACUGAUGCCCCUUUAAACAGCCCUGUGACGUCAGAUAUUUUGACAAGGGGUAGGCAGCGGGAGAAGAAGGAGACGAAGAAGAAGAAGAAGGAGAAGAAGAAGAGGGGCGGUGGAGGAUGCCCAGGAUAAUGUCACCGGUUUGCUCUGUCUCCCACCCGUCCGCGUCAUGAUAAACGCCGCCGGAGCGGUGGUCCGCAGGAUGCCGUCGGCGGCGGCCCGUCGGUGCGGCUGCUGGAUAGCCUUGUGCCAGGCGGUGCUGUUCGGAGCGUCGGCGCUGGUAAUCGUGGCCGAACGGAGCGCUCUGAUCUACUGUAUAGGCUUUUACCUCUGGAAUGAGGAGACACAGUGGGCGGGCCUCACUCUCGGCCUCUUUCUACCGGGGACAGCGGUUCAGCUGCUAAGUGUCAAAUGGUACUAUGAUGACGGGGAUGACAGACGAUGCUACCUCUCUGUCAUACACAUACUACACUUGGGCAUCUUUAAGAGGUUGUGGGACUGCAUGAGGUCUGUGUUGCACAUGCAGGACUCGGUGGCUGAGCUCGGAGCAGCCGUCAUGCAGCAGGCAGAUGUUGCUGCCCUAUGGCUGCUGGAGGCAUUUGUCCUUACGCUGCCCCAGAGCCUGCUGCAGGCAUAUGUGGUGGUGUCUACUGACGUGGGCAUCAUGUCGCCGGGUAAACUCACCUUUUUGAAGAUGUGUUGGAUUUCAUGUGACAUUUUGGAGCGUCGGAGACGGCGCCUGAGCGGGGAAGCAUGUCUAUUUUCCUUGUGCUUUGCCUGUGUUGUACCCUCAGUGGCCUACUGCUGUGGCUUCUGCCUGCUGUCCAUUUCCUGGGCCCUGGUGCUGUACAGCCGAGCCUGCUGUCUGAUACGGCCGGGCCACCUGGCCAUGCCUCCAGCGGCCCUGCUGUGCCAGUUGGUGUGGAGGGCAGGCAUGCUGGGCGCCAGGGUGACCUGCCUUAUGUUCUUUGCCAGGGUCUUUAAUUGGUGGGUCUGCGGAGUAGUAGGCUUUCACUGGCUCACGGCCUCGUUCUGGCUGGUAUCACAGCAACCAGACAUCUGCACGGGCCCCUGGUGCUGGCGCGCCUUCAACGGCGUCAUGGGCCUCGUCCACGUCUUCCUCUUCCUCAACGUCAAAGACGGACCGUCGCGCUUCCGCAUGGCCAGCUUCUAUGCGUUCAUGCUCAUAGAGAACGCCACUCUGGUGCUGGCUGCCUCCGACUUCCUUAGCGAAGCAUCAUGGGACAGCAUGACCCUUGCCACCACUGUGCUGGGUAGCUUCGUCCUCGGUGCUACUUCUCUUCUCCUGUACUAUCGGUUUCUACAUCCCAAAUCCACAGAGAUCUCCCAGGGUACCAACCACAACCACAUGGGCAGCACCUGCAUCGAACAAGGGGAGUCCUCCUUCUCUCUUGGGGACAAAAGUCUACCAGCUCCGUCCAUACAAAACCACGGCAGCUUCUCUCUCUCAGGUGUGGCCGGUUCUCUGCUGGAGCACCCGGGAAACUGCGGGGUCCAGCCUAACGGCUCCUGUCCUUGCUACCACCACCACUGGCUCCUGAUCCGCCUGGCCCUCAAAACGGGAGACAUCAAUAAAAUCAACAGGGCGUACGGUGCCGGGGGAGCGGUGGCCAUCCUAGACAUGGAGGAGUACAACCAAGCGUAUAAAAGUAACGAGGGCAUCACUAUUACGGCGGGAGGCACCUGCGAGGGUGUGUCCACCUCCGAGUCCCAGGGCAAAGGCCUGGCACCCCUCUCAGACUGCAAAGACGAGUUCCAGAGCGUGAGCGAGCCCACGUCGACCGAACAACCGGGGGAGGAGGAAGACAGCCUGGAGAUGGAGAGCCCGAUGGAGUCGCCCACAUCGGAUUUCAAACGCAGCUCCCCAGAGGGGAAGUCCGUGUUUGGAGACAGCCCGGAGCCGUACUUCUGCCCCACAGAAUCGAGUUCGACCUUAUACUUCAGCGCUGAUCCGCAGUCUCCCAGCAGUGCCAGCAACCCCCGUUUGGACCGGGACACUGGGGGCCUGGAGCAGGGGGUCCACCUCAACUCGGUCCCUAGCGACCCAGCCCUGCACAGGGACGUCCGGGGGCUCAUGGGCCGAGUCGGGCCGCGCUGCACUUCCACGCCUAAACUGGACUCCGCAGCGUCGGACUCCCCCUCCAGCGUCCCUCACCUAACGGGUCCGAGGAGGAAGCUCAUAAUGUCCAGAAGAGAUAAUGACGAUAACUUCUAGACUCGUGGCGACAGAAUCAGGAAGCAGGUCACAACUAAUAAUCCCACAUUAACGGGGGUACACCAGCUUUUUGGGGAGUUUGAUUUAUUUUUUUUAAUCUGCUCAGUAUUGUAGUAUGAGAAAACUGGCAGUAAUUUCACCUCUUUACGUCUAUGUACACCGACCAGCUAUAACAUUAUGACCACUGGUUGAUGAUGGUUGGCACUUUUCAGUGAGUGGGAUAUAACAAGUGUUUAUCUUAAAAGAUGAUGUGUUAGAAGCAGUUAAAAUUGUAAAGGAGAAGAUGGGAAAAGGAGUCCACUCCUUGACAGGUCAGGGCUAUUUUGGUGGCAAAAAUUCAGAUCAGGCAGGAGGUCCGGAUGUUAUGGCUGAUUGUUGUACUUGGCACAAUGUGGGUCACAAUAUAUGCAACAAUCCUGGCAUAAUCCUAAACCAACCAGUACUCUUGUCAACAAUAAACUAUUUUCUUAAAGCAUUGCUUUGCCCAAAUGCUGCACACACUGACUCUCAACAUUUUUUCCAUUCUCUUGGCAGCCUCAAUAACUACACUGUGCAACAAAAUGGUUUUUACCAGAUUGUAAUUGUAUAAUAUUGAAGUAGGCACAAUGUGUUUCAAUAAAUUCAAAAUAUGCAGCUGCUUCGUGAUCUCAAACAGCUGACGCAAUCCACAAUAUAUACUGAAACUACUGUUAAUCAUGUUAGUAGCUGCCAGAAGCUAUGACAGUAGAGAAACUUUCCUAGGUCUAACGGGCUGGAGUUUAUAAUCACCGGAUUUAACCGUUUCAGAGGAAGCCAGAGAUUUUUGGCUUCUUAAAAGCACAAGUAUCUUCUGUAUUGUAUAUCUAUUGCUUUGAUGCUGUGAUUUCUUGUUUUGUUAGUCCCAUUUUAAAAGAUCCCUGGUUCCUUUCUGGGAAAAAGAAACUCACUUUUUUUUUUUUUUAUAUAUCUGCCAUUGCUUCGUGCAGGGCUAGCGUGUCAAGCUGGGAAGACUGUGUUUGAUGUUUCGAAUUUAUUUACAUGUUGACCAUGUAAUUGCUCAAACGGUUUUGGAUUUUACAUCACGUUGGAAAACAAGUCUCAGGCACUCACUUCAAAAAGCUUCCCAAUGUCUGUUGUGUAACAAAUUGCUUAUGAGAUAUUUGUGGUGACCGUUUUUUUUUUUUUUUUUAUGUGCUCUUGAUUUCCUGGGUGGAAAAAAUGCAUUUUUUUGCUCAUUGCUUUUCUGGGAUGAAAUCCACUAACAGAGCAGUGAACUGAUGCUGGGGUUUUCUGUCGCGUCCAUAUGACAUGUUGAACUGUGAAGUGCAAGGCCACUGGUGGCUUUUAAUAAGCAAUAAAUAACCUACGUGGUG